UCUAGCUAGGUCCCGGUGGCGGUAGUACCCAAUCCGAGUCCUGGUUCCGUAGUUGCGGCCAAGUCGCACUCAUACUUCUAUGAGUGGGAAGACAAACAGAAACUUGGGCAAUCAAUCGGGGCCGUGAAUCUGUGAAAUAUUUGAACUCCAAACUCAUUGCUGCCGUCCAUAUCUUGGAAUUGUUGCUUACGUUAUUCCAGAGCCCUCUCUCUGGCAUAGAUUUCCUGGAGACGGAGGAGAUAAAUGAUGGGCGACGAGAAAGGAGGUGAUGAACUGAAGCCACCAUCUAUCGAUUGGAAGCAGAGGAUCGAAGACAAAUAUCGUAGCAUCAAAGAACAUGCAGAGACUUAUCCCUAUGUAUGGGCUUCAUAUAUUGUUGUAUAUGGGGGCCUCUUUGUGUAUACAACAUAUAGAUGGAGAAAGCUCCGUAAAACUGAAGACAGGGUUCGAGUCCUCCAAGAGCGUCUGCGGAAGCUUGUUGAAUCUGAACAAGAAUCAUCAUCCUCAGCAAAGCCCACUUCAUCCAAUGGCUCAGGUCAUUCACAGAAAUAAUGGGACAUGGAAUCAGUGGUCCACUUCUUCAUCUCCUGCCCUUUGGCUACUGGGCUGUGGGACAACAUUUUGGAAUUCUUCAACAUUCCUUGGGUGAUGCUGAACUCAAUAGAGGGGCUGUUCUCUUCCUGGCACAUCAUUAUGCCGGUGAGAAAUGCAAAUAGUCUUGCCAGCCGUUUUAUGGUCCAUCUGGGCAAAAGGAACAACCAUUGUUUUAGCAACUCUUGUGGGUCUAUGCUACCAGCAGUUUGGAAGGUCUUUCUGUACAUCAGGGAUUGGCUCCCUGAUUAGGGGUUUUGUUGCUUUCUAUUUUUUGCUUGUAUUCUUUGCCUUCUGGUGUUUUUUAAUAUAAUUCUCAACCUUUCAAAAAAAAUAAAAAAUAAAAUCCAAUUGGCUUCUGCAAUGCCUAAGAUUAAAUCA